AAACUAAAAUGUAGAAAAUGCAAUUUCGAAGCUACUACUUGUAAAAUCAUCUAAUUAUUUUGUUUGCAAACUUGUGAUGAAAUGUUGUAAGUGAUUUAUCCAUCCCUCUUUUGCCAAUUUGAUAACAAAUUACCAGCAGUUGGAUUUUAGAGGGGCCAAUCAAUUUGGGGUGAAAACCAAUCUUAAGACUUGCUAUAUUAAUAGUGAUUAUAUAUUUUGAAUUAUAUAUUUUUUUCGUCCUUGAAUUUAUUUACAUUCUAUUUAUAAUAAAAUACUAUCUAUUUACAAUUGUAUUAUUAUAAUAAUAUCAUUAUUUUCUUUGUCCUAGAGAGUUCUUUGAGUACAUAUAUUAUUUAAGUGUUAAAUUUGGAAGUAGACUGUGCAACGGUCACUUGCCUAAACCCUAAUAAAAAAAUAUCCACAUUAUUUUCAAAUUUUGUAUUGGCUCAAAACACUACCUGUAUAUAUAAUACAUGAAUCGAAUUCAACGGUAAGUUGUAAAAAAACGCUUCAAACAAAGAUAUCAGUCGAGAUCUUUCUCUCUCUCGAAUGCAACGAUGAGUUCAUCCGAAUCAGAAAUCGUGGAUGUAGACUCCGAUGAUUCACAAGAAGAUCCUACCUUCCGCCUUCCUUCAAACCCGAAAAUAAUGUCAAGCAUCAUCAAUGUCGAUUCCACUUCUGAAGAUGAAGACGACAUUUCUGACGUGGUUGAAGUGCCUGCUAUACCAGAGCUUGACGAGGAGGGCAAAAAAAAAUAUGAAUCUAUCAAGAGCAUCAUUGAUGCUGGUAAGGUGGAGAACUUAAAACUAGACGAAUGCAAGAUAUAUCUAAGGAAACAUGGAUUGAGAUUGACCGGUAAGAAAGAUGUACUGAUUCAGAGGAUAAAGGAACACAUAAGCAUAAUGGAUGAAGGCGGGCAACAACGCUACCCUCUUUCUAGUUUUGUGCUGAACUGUAAAGGUGAUGCUUGCGUAGGAGAUACGGUCAUGUUCGUCCAGAAAGUUAAUGAAGUUGGCAAAUGCCCUGGUGAAGUGAGGCUUAUUGUAGGGCGGAUUGUGAAGGAGAGCUAUGGAGCUGCGAAGCAGCAGCAUACGUUUACGAUUGAAGUACUGUGGAGCAAGGGGAAGAAACCAUUGCCUCCGCUUCACCCAUUACUUAUCAAAGGUCGAAAUCUGUACAAAUUGAAAACAAUGAGACAGAAAUGGGAUGACGAAGGAGAAAGACUGAAGAUCUUGUCCGAAAAGCAUGCUCGAGGUAAUGCUGCUCGAAUGAAAAGAGACAUCCGCAUAAGACAGAAAGAAAUGAGAAACAUCUGCCGGCAAACUAGAAAUAUGCAUAUCAGGGAAUCAAGGAACGAACACCCAACAAAUACUCGGCCAGAGCAAGACUACAUGCAGAGAACAAAUCAACAACCGAGAACGCGUGAAGCAAAUGAGCCAAGAAUUGUACCGCCGCCCACAGUACCACCACCUUACCACAGGCGGCAACCUCUAGCCGACACAGAUUGCAACUUCCGAAGGGAUCAUCAUGGAAGAAAUCACGAAGGACAGCCACAUCUGAACUACCAUUCUUCAUCAAGCACUAUUGCAUACCAGCCGAGUACUUGCAAAGAAAACACGAGUUAUUCAAUGAGGACAGCAAUGCAAGAAAUUAGUCAUCCAAUCUACGUACAGUCGCUGCCACCGCCAAAUCAUGCUGCUUAUCCUGACCCAGCAAUAUGCCGGUACUACAAGCAAGGGAGAUGCUACUACGGAGACCGGUGUAAGUAUGUGCAUAAAUAACCCUCUCAUUCAUGUAAAGGAACGACGAGAAGAAUUAAACUGUGUUGUCUAGUCUAAGUCCUCCAUUUACUGGAGCAAUAGUGUCAUGCAUAGACACUAUAAUAGCUUACAUAUUUUAAUCCAUGGCAGUGUUAUGAAACGGAUCAUUUUGAAUGAAAUUCGUAUAACGGAAAUGGAGUUUGUAAACUCAGAAGUGUUUCUCAUUUCUCAUAUUGUCUUCCUGAAUAAAUAGCACUGGCUUCAACAGUUGUAUACAUAUAAGGAACACUCUUCAGGUAAAUACUAAGGACAGACCUAUGCAAGCAAACUAGUAGUAG